UUCUCCUUGAAUCUUGCAUCCGUCGGGAUUCCAAGUUGAAGCCGAAGCGCCGUUCAGCGCCGUUCAGCGCCAGUGCCAGCAGAGAUGACGUCGGCUCGGAACCCGCUGCAGAAUCUCAUCCUAACUCCGCAGCAGCAGAGCCUGCUGUUUGCCGCCCUCAACUCCAACCGACCGAGCAACGGCUCGUCGAACAACGGCCUCACCAUGUCGCCGCUGCAAUUUGAUGGCUCGCCCAUCCAGAGGGCUGAUGGAUUGCCCAGUUACCAGGGCAGCCCAGACCUUGACUAUGACUACGACUUUGCCGGUCCGGAUUCCAGUUUUGAUUUCUCUUUUGACGAUGCCAGCCAGCCCAAGAUGAUUGGCGAUCUGCCAGACACUAAGCGAGCCGCCAAGUCCGAGUCUGCCGAUGGCGACUCCCCGGAGAAGCGGAGCCAUCCGGGCGAUGGGGAAGACUCGGGGGCGAAGCGACGGGAGAGCGAGGAGAAGGUGGCCAAGAAGCCAGGCAGGAAGCCUCUCACAACUGAGCCGAGCUCUAAGCGGAAAGCCCAGAAUCGGGCCGCCCAGCGAGCGUUCAGGGAGCGCAAGGAGAAGCACUUGAGAGAUCUAGAGAACAAGGUCCAAGAGCUGGAGAAGCUGUCCGAAACAACAAAUAACGAGAACGAGGCGCUCCGUGCCCAGGUGGAGAAGCUGACGAUGGAACUGAAUGAGUACAAAAAACGGCUAUCCUUGCUCUCGAGUGGCCGGUCUGUUGCCCAGGGUCCCGCCGCGCACACCUUUGGAAACCUUUUCGUCGACAAGCUUAACGACGUCAACUUUCAAUUCGAAUUCCCCAAGUUCGGCAAUCUCCCGGGCCCGCCCGUCAACACCACCAAGAAAUCAUCCACCGCUGCCUCGCAACCGCAAAAGCAAAACGGCGUUGACCAUCAGAGCCCCAGUGAGAGCUCGCAGGAUGGCGUCAGUCCAAGCAACUCGAGCAGUUACAGCCAGGUGGGCCGGGCCAAGGAAGACUUGACAGCCCUCUCUUCCGGACUUUUCACGCCACCCCUCAGCAACGGGCAUGGAACGAGCGGCUCGUCCAUCAGCCUGGACUCGCACUACAAUCUGGGCGGUGCCACAGCAACGAGUUCGCCCUCUGCGUCCUCCAAUUCCAACGUGGGCGGCCCUAGCUCUUCGUGCGGGACCUCUCCCGAACCGUUUACUCAGUCGCCCAUGGGCUUCAAGCCCGUCGACACACUCGCCACCAUUGGGGAGGAACAAACCAGUCUCAGCAAUCAAACACAAGAGCUCGGCCAUUUUGGCAAUGCCGGCUUUGACGACUUCACCAGCUGGCUUCCCCAGUCCGAUUUCCAGUUUGACCCGCAGCUGUUUGGCGGUUACCGCGACCCGCAGGAGAGCCUCUUCUCUCAGGGCUUUGACGACAGCUUCUUCAACGACGCACUGGAUGUGGACUUCAUCACGCCCUAUAACCUCCCGAUUACAACUUCGGCAGCACCCAAGAAGGAUCUCAUCGCUCAGAUCGAUGCUGCCAAGAACGAAGACGAGGCUGGCACAACCGGCCAGCUGCUCGACUGCAACAAAGUUUGGGAGAAAAUAUCGAACUGCCCCAGGGCGAAGUCCGGCGACUUCGAUCUGGAGGGCCUCUGCGCCGAUUUGCAGAAGAAGGCCAAGUGCGACGGCCAUGGCCCCGUGGUCAGCGAGGAGGAUUUCCAUCACGCCCUGAAGAAGUAUCUAUGCAAGGAUGAGGAGACGGCCGCCCGGGUCGCCGCGGCAGCCAAGCAGACGCAGUCGCAGACGACCAAGUCUCAGUCGUAAAAUUACCGGCCUGCUUUUGCAACCGCUUGUAUACUCUGUACAACAAACUCUGGAUUGGACCACUUUCCAGGCAGCACACAUCAUCCUCGGCGUC